GAGUUUCUCAUGCCGAACAGUCGUCGUACGAUUCGCGCGGGGCGCUGCGCAAUGUUUUCCCGUCGUGCGUGUGUCGCACGUAGUGCCGAUUGUUUAUCCGCCAUUUUGUUCUGACCGUCGUACGCGCAGUUUUUCGGCGUAGCGUACUAGCGUAGUGUGUCACGCUCGUGCAGCCCGAGGAUGAGCGCACGCCGCCGCUGAGGCGCAUCGCGGAUCGCGCGUCGUGUAUCGCUCCAACGAUCCGCCGUGAAACGCGAACGCGGCAUCGAAUCCCUCCCCGUGUCGGCGCGGAGAAUGUGAGAAUAUCCCCCCCCCCCCCCCCACGGAGUGUUUCCCCGCGGUGGACGAUGUGACGGCCCGUGAUGGCAACCCGUGACAAGUUACACCUGACCCAACUUUCCUGACUUUUGAGGCCAAAUGACGAUUACCAAAUAAAACGGACGAUUCUCGCCUCGUUCGUCACAAUGUCAGGGCAGAGUGGUGGACAACGAGUGUGUCUGGCUAAACUUAACGAACAAUUGACCUGCAAGUUAUGUGGUGGAUAUUUCAUCGAUGCGACUACCAUUAUAGAAUGUUUACACUCAUUUUGCAGAAGUUGCAUUGUCAAAUAUUUGGAGAGUAACAAAUAUUGCCCGAUCUGCGGCGUACAGAUCCACAAAAAGCACCCGCUAGUAAAUAUACGUUCUGACCACAUGCUACAGGAUAUUGUUUAUAAACUGGUACCUGGAUGCUAUCAAAACGAAAUGCGAUGUCGGAGAGAAUUUUAUGCGAAACAUCCAAAAGCGUGCAGUAAAGCGCUGUCUUCGGAAGCCCGCGGAGAACCUAUACAUUCACACAUAUACUCUGCGGAUGAAUCUCUCAGCCUGUCUCUGGAAUACUCUAAUCCUAAUACGGAAGAAUUAAAUGAGACGGACGUCUCGUCCGAGAAGUCUCUCUUAAGGCGAUACUUUCGGUGUCCCGCGGCAGUUACAAUAUUCCAUUUGCAAAAGCUAAUCAGAGCCAAGUACGGACUUGGCGAUGCGAAUAGAGUCGAUAUAAUGUACGAGGAGGAGACGUUGUGCAGUAGUUAUUCAUUAAUGGAUGUAAUGUAUAUCUAUCAUUGGAGGCGGAAAGUACCAUUACACUUAAGCUAUAGGAUAUUUGAGACAUCCUCGAAACGCCUGAAAUUGUCGGAGGACAACGCGAACUACAAAAAGUCACUGAUGGACGCCGGCAUCGAUUCCAUAGACUUGAAGGAUGACAAAUCGGGGAAACGCGAGUGGAAGGAGGUGCAAUUGAAGAUAUCGGAAACGGGCGUGAUGAGUAUAACCGAUAUAUCGGAUACGGUGCACAAGAGGCAAGCGGAAAUCGAGAAUUUGCAAGAGAAAACUUCGGAGGAGACCGUAGCCUGCUCCAUUGCGGAAAUUAGCAAAGCGGAUUCGGUGAAAAUGGGAAACUGUGGUACGUCUAAAUCAUCUGCAGAGAUACUGCAGUCCACCUUGAUUAUCGACGCGAAGAAUCCAAUUUUUUCCGAUCCGAGCAAUGCAUUUCUCGUUACGAGCGACGUAAAGUUCGCGAACGAGAAUUCGUCGACUAAGAAUUGCGUGCCGCUAACUAAUCAGCACAACGGGGGGACCGCGACGAGGCAGGCGAUUGAAACGAGAAAUUGCACCGCUUCGGCAAAAUUGCAGCAAGACGCGCAAGAAGUGAAACUCCACAAUCAAAUUGCCAAUGUCGAGGACAAGUCCGAGGCAGUUUCGCAGGAGCAGAAAGGUCACUUGGCGACGCAACUUGCAGCGGAGAACGUGGUUAUCGAGGAUAAAGAAAAAAUGGAUGCGAAGAAGAUGGCGAUAAAUAAUAACAACAACAGCGCAGAUUUCCAGUCCGAGAGUCAGAAGGAAUGCAUAAAAAAUUCGAGCGAGGCGAAAACGGGGAGCGCCGGAUCGAAGAUCGACGCGUUGAGCGCAAAAUUGCAGUUUCAGCCGAAGAUAGGUCAGGUUAAUAACACUUACUCCAAGAAAGCGCCGAAGGAGAAACGAACGGGUCUUCAGCAAGGUGCGAAGAAAUCCGAUGUAAAGCCAUCGGUCCAAGAUACGAAACUUAGCGACGCGAAGGCGCAAACCAACUGUGAGAGCGUAACGGAUCAAGUUUCGACGGUGAGUUCUUCACAAAAGUCGGUCGCGCCCGCGGUCGUGGCGUCUCAAAAUGUUUCGGAUCCCGCGUCCGGACCUGAUAAGCAAAAAGCUGUCGACGAGAGGAGUAAUCAAAGUAUAAGUAUCGAUUUGCAGCAGGCUUUGAAUUUGCUGGAGCAGAGGAACUCGCCCGUGCAAGCGUCGGUCGAAUCCACCGCGAGGACGAGUCAAGUCGCCGGUAUACUCGGUCAGAGAAUGCCGAGCAACAAUAUCAUAGUCAGCGAGGAUAUUGUGUUCGCUGUACCGAACGUUCCCACGGCCACGAUCAGUAAAACGACACCGGCGUUUCCCCCGACGCUUCACAAGCUCGUGAGCAACUCGGCCGUUCUGGAGUCAGCGCUGAAAGAUUCCGUUGGCGUGGCUCAGAAACCGUCGGGAACCGUGCCGCUUGUGACUUGUUCAACAGCUCCCAAUAGCGUCCAAAUGUCGCCGAUGCCUCAAUUCAACGUGCAAACGUCAUCCGUAAAUGUGUAUUCUAUACCCACGUCGCUGAAGAAUAGUUACAGUAACGUAGACGUGACGGCCGCUGUGUCGACGGCGAUGAUCACAACGACGGCGAUGUCGAAACCGGUGCUGACCGGCGCGUGCCCGAUACCACCGUGCCCGGACGCGAUCCCCAUAUCGCUGAUGAAGCAAAUGGCCAUGCGCAAGCAGGACAUGACCGCGAAGGGUACCAACCUGAAUGAGAUCUGCGCGAAGAUCGGCUCCAACAACACGACCGGCUCGAAGAUCAACGACAUCUGCGCGAAGAUAGGCGAGAAUUCGAAGGAGAAGAACAGGGUGGACGCGCAGGGGAAGUCGGACGUGCCGGAUCUGCUCAGAAUAAACGCGAAGAAGAACUUGUCGCCGUUGCUACCCAAUUCGGCCAUGAUGAUCAAGCACAUGUCGAAUAUCCCGAACGUGCCGGUGUUCAUUCCGAGCAGCAACGUGACGACAAUGGAGAAUAAGAGCGACAAGCCCGCGCUACCCACGUCGACGUCCGCCGCCAACGUGCUGACGGUGUCGACGUCGCCGGCACCGGCGUCGUCCCACGCGGCCCAGAGAUUGGCGCCCCUCAAGAAGCAGAGCCAAUCGGUCGGCUACAAGACGCUGCGCGAUCCGCCCAAGUCCUGGAAUCCCACGUUGUCGAAGAACAACUACGUGGCGGCGAAGAACCAGGCGAAGGAGAUGCAGAAUCAAACGCAGACCUCCAUGUCCGAGGGCGCGAACAAGCAGAUCCCGUCCAAGCCGGCCAAGAUCUUCAAGAUGCGCAACAUGCCGCGGUACCUGGGCAAUCCCGCGUCGGGCGUGAAGCCCAUGUACGGGGUGGCGAACGACAACACGAAGGAGAAGGAGCAGUCGUCGACCAACGCGAAGGGCGCGGCCACUCUCAGCAUGAUGAAAAUCGAUCCCAAGACCCUGUCGCCCAUCGUCUCCGCGAUCAACUCGCCGAUCAUAUCGCCGCCGCCGUACUCGCCGAACGCGCGGAGCUACCAGAACACGCCGUUCUCGCGCGACAUAUGCCGUAACACCGGCUCGCCGAUCUCGCCGAGGAACUCGCCGGUGAACAUGCUGUCGACCAAUCCGUUCAUACCAUCCCCGACGCCCAACACGAAUCCGCGGAUCAUAUACUCGCACUUCCCGUCACCGUUCCCGGACGCCAGCCGAUUCCCGAAUCCGCUGAUACGCUCGCCCAUCGGCAUCCCGCCACCCAGUGCCUUCCACAGCAGUCUACCGCCCGCGAUCAACAAGCUGUAUCAGCGGUCGAGCUACAUACCGCAGCAGACCACCGGCUACGCGCCCGUGGUCGGCCAGCCGCCGACGGUGCAGAGAAUACCACCCAGCACGCACUCGGCCUCGCCCAAGUCGCCCAAGGCCCCGUCGCCGAGCUCGAUCUCGUCGUCCACGUCGUUCGGCCUCGGGAAGACGGAGUCGCAGUCGCCGAUAACGUCGUCAACGGCGAACAAUGUCGCGCUACUUCUCUCCAAGAGCGUGGCCGUGACGGCACCGGUGUCGGUGCCGAUACCGGUUCCGGUACCCGUGUCCGCAUCCGUGUCCGUGUCGCUGCAACGAGAAUUCAACGCGUUCAAUCUGUCCAAGAGCGGCGGUCUGUCGCCAAGUCCGACUUCCAACGUCGCGAAAACGUCGUCCGCGACCUUGGACACGAGCGACGCCGACGUCGGGGCGCAGGUCGCAAAGCCGAACUCCUCCUCGUCGUCGCUCAACCGGGCGACGGCGGGCGCGGGUGAGCCAGCCGAGAAUCCGAGCGUGCCGAGCGAGCGAAAACAGGGUAAGGAAACGGAGGCGGCGCGAAAGGCGCAAGAGACGGCGCGAUGUAAGGAGGACAAUUCGAAGGCGAAGCCCGCGGAGGCGAAAUCCGGCGGCGAGGUCACCGACAACGCCGCGAGCCUGCACGCGAACGACAAGAAGGAGAAGAGCCAAGCGGCCAAAGUCAACGGUGACGUGACAACGGAACAAUUGGCGAACAAGAAGUCCAAGGAGGCUAGCGGUAACGAGGUGACGUCGACGACAGCGGAGAAGACCGAUCGGGACGGCCAGGUGGAACGGUCCUCGCCCAAAGAGCGGAAUAGUAUCCCAAAGGGUAACACGCUAGCCAAUAUCAGUGACUCGCCGGCGGACGAUUCCAAGAGCGAGGAUCACGGCAAGAGCGGUGAGCAGAUACAGGGUAAUAAAUCUGAAGUACAAAAAAGUAAAGCGGAGACGUGAUCUCGUGAGAACGAGAAGGGGAUUAAUCAUCUUUAAAAUGCGAGUCAGUGCGAGUCGCGAAAAAGGUCUUGCUACGCGCGUAUCAGCAUGCAUUUAAAUUCGACACGGCGUGGCUCGAGUGUGGAAGAUGGAAUCCUGCAGCGAGCCUUAUACACAGCCCAUGUUCUGACAUUUACUGCCAGCUAAUUCUAACGUUUCUAUUCUAACGUUCGAGAAUAUGUAUAUGUACGUGUGUACGUAUAAUUGGAUAUUUGUAAAAACCGCGCUUCCGACAUCCGCGCGCGUUUUACGUAAAAAAUGUCAGAGGAUAAGCUGAUUAAGGCUGUGAUGAGAGACAAGUUUAUACAACAUCGUGUAAGGAGCACUUAUGACCAUUGUUGAGGGUGUUUCAUGGUGUGUUAGAAAUUUGUACAUUUCUGUAAAUAGCAAUCGCGAAAAAAGAUCUAAUUAUUUUCUAUUAUAAAUGAGUUAUUAUGAGACACUACGUUGAAUAUAUUAUUUUAUAUAGGUACGUUGAUGGAUAUAUGAUUAUGGUCGUCUGAAUUUUCAUACGCAUAUCUAACACCGGUGUUAACGUUGACGACGUUAACGAUGUUAAUCCUCCGUUGUUAUUACACUCUCGCAUACAUGUACAGAUAAUAUGUAUACACGGCGUGUCCCACUUUUUAUUGUAUGCCUUUUUUUUCGAACGUAUAUUAUUUAUUUCAAGUGAUUUCCAAAUUUUCGAUUUCUUAUUUAACGAACGUUUAUGAUUCUUUGUUACUUGACUAUUUCCCAUUAUCAAUCUCUACAACAGUUCUAGAUUUCUUAUUAAAUAUCGCACACAAUGAUUAAAUUGUUAAACAUAUUUAUUAAACUAUAUAUAC